AUGGCGAAGGAAAAGCUGAGCAAUGCCGGUGAUGCAAUCAAAGGCGCUGCAGGAACGGCAGGCCAGAAGGUUGUGGAGAUGAAGGAUGAACUGACUAAAGAGGAAAAUGUGGAAUACGCUAAAGAAAGGCUGGCUGCAGCUAGCCAAGCUCUAAGUGAUGCCAUGGAAGUGGCUGGUACUAGGGCGGCAGAAAUAAAGGAAGCCAUUUUGACGGAUGAGAAUAAGGAAUACGCCAAAGAGAAGUUAGCUCUGAUCGCAAGCGUUCUCAAAGACGCUGCCGUAACGGCCGCCAAUGCGGCUGCAGAUGUCAAAGACCAGUAUACCACUGAAGAAUACAUGGAAUACUAUAAGGAAUUGUUGAACGAUGCCCAAGAUACUACAAAGGACAUCGCUUGGAAGGUCUGGAGCAAGGCCGGAGAACUCAAAGAUCACUACACCUCCGAAGAGUACAUGGAAUACUACAAAGAAAAGUUAAGUCAAGCUGGUAGUGCUCUCAAAACUGCUGCAGAAAUAGCUGCUAACAAGGCUGCGGAGAUUAAAGACAGACUGGCUAGCGAAGAGAAUCAGGAAGCGGUUAAGGAGAAGUUGAACGAAGCCGCAGAGGGAGUGAAAGAUACAGCACGAGCGGCUAGGAGUAAGGCAGGAGAGCUCGCAGAAGAUCUGAGUGACAACGAAUAUGUAGACAGCGCCAGAGAAAAGCUUAAUAGUGCUGGUAGCCAGGUCAGGGAUAUGGCAGGACAAGCUAGAGACAAGACGGAAGAGUUUGCGGAAGGCGCCAGAGAAAAGAUAAGCAGUGCCGGUAGUAAAGUCAAAGAAGUCGCAGGACAAGCCACAGACAAGGUUGGAGAGAAGUUGAACGAAGCCGCAGAGGGAGUGAAAGAUAUACCUCGGAGGGUUAAGAGAGAGGCGGAAGAGCUUGCGGAAGACGCAAGAGAAACGAUAAGCAGUGCCGGUAGUAAAGUCGCGGAUGUCGCAGGACAAGCUAAAAGCAAAGUUGGAGAGAAGUUUAACGAAGCCGCAGAAGGAGUGAAAGAUUUACCACGAAAGGCCAGGAGUAAGGCAGGCGAGCUCGCGGAAGACCUUAGCGACAACGAAUAUGUUGACACUGCUAGGGAAAAGUUGAACAGCGCUGGUAACCAAGCCAGGGAUUUCGCUGGACAAGCUCGUGAGAAGGUCGGCGAAAAGUUUAACGAAGCCGCGGAGGGAGCGAAAGAUAUGCCACGGAAGGCUUGGAAUCAGGCAGAAGAGUUCGCAGAAGACGCCAGAGAAAAGUUAAGCAAUGCCGGUAGUAAAGUCACGGAUGCAGCAGGACAAGCUCGAGGGAAGAUUGGAGAGAAGUUCAACGAAGCCGCGGAGGGAGUGAAAGAUAUGCCACGAAGGGCUAAGAGGAAGGCAGAGCAGUUCGCGGAAGACCUGAGUGAUAACGAAUAUGUGGACGCUGCCAGAGAAAAGUUGAACAGUGCUGGUAACCAAGCCAGGGAUUUUGCAGGACAAGCUAGAGACAAGGUCGGAAAGAUCAAGGAUAAAGUAAGUAAUGACGCUGAAGAAAGAUUGGAAGAGGUGGGAGAUACGUUCAAGAGCGCUGCCGGUGGAGCCAAAGAAGAGGUAGGCCUCCACUCAGACUCAUUCGAGUGCUCUGAUGAUCCCAUUUUGAAGGCUGAGGAGUUCAUUCGGAACGCCAUAAACCAUGAGAACGUUGAAGGUGCCAGGGAAAUGUUUAACGAUGCAGGAGAAACUGUCAAGAAUACUGCUGGAAAAGCUAAAGAUAAGAUGAAUCAAGUGAAAGACAGAAUUACUGGCACUGACUAUGGAGCCAUGGCUCAAGAGAUGAUGGAUGAUGCGAAAAGUGGUCUGAGGGACUCCGAAGAAAAUGCCAGGGAAAAGUCGGAAGAGAUUCUGGAAGCAAUCAGAAAUAAUGAAAAGGUGGAAACUGUCAGAGAUAAAAUGAACGAAGCUGGAAGAGGUAUUAAGGACACCGCAGAGAAAAUACAAAAUGAGGCUGGAGAAUUCGUGGAAGAAGCAGCUGACGACGAGAGCGUUCACAUGAUCAGGGAAAGAUUGACUGAUAGUGCAAGGGCUAUCAGAGAAGCUGCAGGAAAAGGAGUUGAUACCGCUGGAGAAUUCGUAGAAGAUGCAGUUGACGACGAGAGCGUUCACAUGAUCAGGGAAAGAUUGACUGAUAGUGCAAGGGCUAUCAGAGAAGCUGCAGGAAAAGGAGUUGAUACCGCAGAGGAAUGGGAGGAGGACAUCUCAAGUGGUCCCCUCGGUGUACUGGGUGAGAAGAUAGGUGAUGCCGGAAGGGUUAUCAGAGAAGCCGUAGAGUCAGUUGGCAUCAAGACUAAACUCCUACACUACAAAAACAACGCUACAAAAAUGGACUGUCAUAGCGGAAGAUGUCAUGCCAACGACGCCAGCAACAAAGCUCAAGAGCUUGGACAUGCUGCAAAGGAAAAAAUGCACGAUGCUGGCAGAGCUGUCAAAAACGCCGCUGAAAAAGUCGGAGACAAGGCAGAAGAGCUAAAGGAUAAGGCAAAGCAGAAGUGGAACGAAUAA